AUGAGCAAUUUCUCUCCUUUAUAUCCUUUGAGAAUGGCGGAAGAACCCGAGAAGGUGUCUUCUCCAUUGUUACAGCAAACUUCUUCUGACAAGGGACCUGAAGAUACUGGGAUCAAGCCUCAGGAUCAAGAUCCCGGGUUUCAAGCUUAUCCCCACGGUGAUUCUCCAAUGUACCCGGUUUUUUAUCCGGCGCUUGUUCCCGGGUUGAAUCCUGGACAGUACGAUGAACAAACGAACCGUGGAGCUGGGAUUUAUGCGGUUCCUGUACAUCAGUUUGCUGGACAUAUCGCUGGUCUUCCCUCAAACUAUCUUAUCCCUCUCACUUACAAUGUUCCCACAACUAGACCAAGUAAUGAGACUGAGGCUGGGGGAGAGAACCAAGCGCAAGCCGGGCAGGGGCAACAACAGCAACAGCCUGCAAAUCAAAGGCAAGUGGUGGUACGGAGAUUUGAGAUCGCGUUUCAGCUCGACAUAUUCCUCAUACUCAAGCUUGCUGCUGUCAUCUUUUUGUUCAACCAAGAUGGAUCAAGACAGAGGCUCGCUGUUCUUGUGAUUUUCGCUACCAUAAUUUACUUAUACCAAACUGGAGCGCUUGCACCGUUUGUGCGAUGGCUCUCACAGGGUAUGCAUAGAGCAGCAGUACCACCACCUCGACCUCAUCGACCUGCUGCAAGAGCUGAUAACGAUCCCGCAGCUGCAAUCCCACUGAACGAAAAUGCAGUUCCUGAAGGGCAAGAGAAUGAAGCUGGUAACGAGAACCAAGCAAACGCAAAUGAAAAUGUCGAUGCAGGACAGCAAGGGAAUCAAUGGUGGGGAAUAGUGAAAGAGAUUCAGAUGAUAGUUUUCGGCUUCAUAACUUCACUACUCCCUGGUUUCCAUAACAUAGAAUAG